AUGGACCGAAGUGCCACCAGCGGAAACAAUGGCUCUGGCCGUACCACUAAUGGCACACAUUCUGAUUUACCGGACCUGGCUACAUACCAAGCCCAAUGGGCCAAGAUCCAUGAUGAUACUGUGCGCCAAAUCAACGAAGCUUUAGAACAAGAGAAGAAACGCAUAUCCAACCGACCAAAGCAAUCUUCCUCAAGCUAG